GCUGGCUGUGGGGGGGGGGGGGCUCAGGAGGGGCAGUGGGGCAGAGGAGGGCUGCAGGGAGCUGUGUGCUGCUGCAGGGGGGCGCGGAGAUGGAUGCCGGGGAGCUGUUUGCAACGGCAGUGCCCGGGGAGCAGCUGGAGGCCGGCUGGGAGGGGGCCCUGCAGAGGAUCUUUGGGCGCAGCCGGUGCCUGCGCGGCGUCGAGCGCCCCAGGGAAGCGGGGCCCUUCGCUGCGGUUGUGCAGGGCAGGAUGCGGGAGCACUGGCAGAAAGGGAUGGAGUUCUCAUCCUGCGGCCAGUGGGAGGAAGCCAUCAUCUGCUACACGAAAGCCAUCAGCCUGGAUCCGCAGCGGGCAGAGCUGUACGAGCAGCGGGCUGAGGCUUUCCUCCAGCUUUGUGACUUCCAGUCGGCCACUCUGAACUUCAGGAAGGUGCUUGCGUUGGGACCUGCGCGGGAGCAGCACUGCCUGGCUCGCUUAGCCCUCGUCCUUGACCUGCAGGAACAAUGUCUGCUUGACCAAGAGCUCUACAGCGAGGCCCUGGAGGCCUUUACGCGAGCAGCUGAGCUGCAGCCUCACCGCAGGGUGUUUCGCAGGAGGAGCAUCUUGUGCCUCGCUGCCCUCAACAAGUUUCCAGAAUGCCUCCGGAUGCUUAACAGAGGCCUGGCAGAGGAUGCGAGGAACCCUGAUUUGUAUGUGCUGCGUGCCUCCUUCUACGAGCGCUUCGGGCAGCUGGCCCUGUGUCACCAGGACAUCCAGCGGGCGCUGCAGCUGGAGCCGCAGCACGGAGCUGCCCAGGCACUGCAGCAGAGGCUGCGGAGGCAAGGCCUGGAGGCCAAGGCCGAGGCAGUGUCGAAGGCUCUGUGCGGGGACCUGCGUGGGGCCCUGCUCAAGACCAGCUUUGCCAUCGAGACCAACCCCUUGGCUGCUGAAUUCUUCACCCUCAGGGGGGCCCUCCUCCGAUGGCUGAAGCACUUCAGUGCAGCCUGCAAGGACUUGGCUAAGGCGAGGCAGCUGUGUGCCGACGAGGGCCCGGAGGCUCAGGAGGCUCAGUGGCAGCUGGUGCUCACCUACAAUGACCGUGCUGUGCACUGCUACACCCUGGGCCGGCUUGAUGAGGCUGUGAUGCUCCUUGGUCAGGCUCUGCGAGAUGAGAGGACAGAGGAGGGACUCUGUGUCAACAGAGGAGACUGCUUCCUUUGCCUGGGGGAGCUGGCCCACGCGCUAGCGGACUACCAGCAGGCGCUGGAGCUGAGCCCAGGGAACCUCGGUGUGCAGCGACGUGUUGCGGCGGCGCUGCACGAGCUGGGUCGUCGGGACGUGGUGGCGAGGCGGUACCAGCAGGCGGAGGCUCGCUUCUCCGCUGCCAUUGAGCACGACCCCCAGGCACCGCUGCACUACCUGCACCGGGCCCAGGCCCGCCUGUGCCUGCGGAGGGUGCAGAGCGCGAGGGAGGACGCUGUGCGGAGCCUGCGGCUGGACCCCACGGACAGCGAGAUCCUUUCCCUCACACACCACCUCUUUCCAAGAAAGACUGUCCAGGCUAUCCUGAGGAGUGAGACCGGACACCUCGCCCAAGAAACCUUGGAGAAAACACUUCAGAGCCCUCCAGAACCCCCAGUUUCGGCCGAUGAUGCCUGGUGUGACAGUACUAGGUUCCCACAUAAGUGGCGCUCCCAAGAAGCUCAGCAGAGCUGGCCCAGCCAAAGUUUGCGAGGUCUGACCAGCAGAAGGCUGUAAAAGAGGCUCAGCAGCUUAUAGCACCAACUCCUCGGUUUGCUGUAGAAAUCAACACUGAAUAAAAGGAAUUUUUAAAACCGUUUGUAGCACCACGGUCUCCCCUGGAGGUAGGCACGAACUUUUUCUGUAGCUAGUAAAACAAUGGAGAGGUCUGGUGUUUUGUUUUUGUUUUCCUGGUUUGCUGCAGGACCUCAGGGGAAAGAUGGAUGGGGAGACGGGGAAGAGCUGGG